ACCAGUUCUUCAUGGUCCACUCUAAAAACUCAGUUCCUGUCAUCUUGGCUGUAGUUCUGUGUUUCAUCCUGAUUGUUGCUGUUGUUGUUUUUAUCUGGAGAUGGAGACAAAGAAAAAUCUCAACAGAGAAACAAGCAGAGAAUAAAAAUGAAGAGCAAGGACACCUGAUGGAUGAAGAAAGGUCUAAACAUGAGGAGGAGUUACUGAGGAUUAAGAUUAAAGAUGAGGAAUAUUUGAAACACAACUUUGAUGUUUUCAUGAAGAUAAAAGAAAAACUGGAGGAGCUGAAAAAACAACGCACUGUCCUCCAAGAGGAGGAAGAGAAAGAGUUUGAAGAGAAUGAUAAGAUGUUUAAGGAAGUGGAGUUUAAAAUUAAAAACCCAAAGAACGGAAAUGUUCUCAUUAAUGCAAAAGAUCAUGAAAAACUGAAAGAGUUCAUGAAGCAGCACAACAACAAACUGGACGAGAGAAAGAGAAAACAUGAAGCGCUGGAUGUGAACACAGAUCAGUUAAUUAACAAAGUGAGAACUGAAAUUAAAAUGAUUGAGAGAAAGAAACAGGAGCAGAGAAAAAUAAAAGAAACUGACGAACAAUUAAAAAAGAGUGAAACAGAAGAAAACAUUUAA